UGCUUGCUUGUAAUAAUAAUCGGUAUUUGUUAGACUAAGAUUUUCUAUUGUUCAUCCAGAAAAUAACCUCAUCUGGAACAAGGUUCCAAAUCGGGAUGCGUUGUUUUAAUGCUAGUGAGCUCAUGUGCUCCACCAUGAUUCCUUUCCUGCGCAUUCUCAUGUUGAAGGAAUAUCUAUUAAAGGCGACUGAUCUUACAUACAAUUGCUAUUUUAGCGCGCUAUUCAAGCAAUACGAUUUUGAAGCGUUUCGUCUUGUGACGAGGUGUACGUGCCCGUAUUAUUAGGACCGACCCAAUCUUGUUCAAACCACCGACGUGUUAGAACCUUAGGUGGUCAUCUCCCGGUCUUAUUCAGUUCUCGUUGUCGUACCAGGCUGGCUCAUGCUAUGUAUUCGUCUAGCGGCCAUGUAACACAUGGCAGACGAUAACAAAGCCCGCAAUGCGAACUUCAUAAAACUGGUCGCCUGCUGAUUAUGUAACGUUUACGCAACAAACACACAAUAGCAGCAAACAGGUUGAAACAUUAUUGACAUAACAGAUGUUCGUGGGCGUUUCGUAUUAACAAACCGCUGACGUGUUUCGUGCGUCAUGAUAAUUGACGCGUGAUUGAAGUAAUUUUGUUUUGCGUGCUUUCUUUACGGGAUCGAGCUUGCUAUGUCACGACUUUUUCUGUCCUAGUGAAGACGUGUGUUGCCGCGAUGAACAAUAGUCGUGUCAUACCAUGCCAGCUGGCAACACAAUGACUGAAACCAAGUUCGAAAAGAACACGAAGCUGAAGAUACGCAAAUGGGCAGAUGACAAUAUGAUGUGGAUCGUAGCUCUCAUUGCAUUGUCCACACUUUCAAUAAUGGCUUGCACCAUGGGCAGUUUGCUUUACGGUUACCAGCCAGCCAUCAUGGGCGUUGUAGCUACGCUAGCGGUGUUUUUUUCUCUGCUUUUCGUCAUGAUUGUACGAAGAUGUACGUUGCAAGGUAAGGUCGAGGAAGAGCCAACAAUUAUUCAGAUGGCCCAAGAGGAAGCACUAGAUGGCCCUCCGUUGUUCCCACACUAUCAAAGGAGACGAUCUUCUAUCGCGACAAUUCCUCGAUGUUCCAUUCCCAACAUGGACAUCGUUAUUGACAAAGUUCGCCAGCAUAGCGUUCAGGGAAGUCAAAGGCGUGACAGCACUGCGCCCAGCGGCAGCAAUCAGGCUUCUGCUGCCGACCCAACUGGAGGAGUUCAAUUUGCGAGCCCCAAGAAAGAAUCGCCCUGUUUAACGCCGAUUGCCGAACUCCCGAAGACGCCCACAACGCAACACAUCGCUCACGGAGCUUCUCCCUCAAAAUAAAUCAAUCACUAGGCAAUCAGUCGAGCAGGAAAAACUAGUCUAAUGGCUUGAACUGUACUGAUACAUGGAAUAACGUAAAACAACAUUGAAUUACGUAGCCGUCCAAACUAAAGCCUUGACGCCACGCCAGAAUACGACAUCUCCACAAAUCAUAGUUGUAAUAACAUGCGGACUUUUCACUGACUCUCGCCCAUUAUCUUCCUCUACAUUCAUCUCGAUAAAGAUGCCUGUUUGUGUGGCGUCUGCUUAGAAAGAGAGAUUCAGUCAGUUACGCAACCAUUCAGCUGCCGUUGCAUUCAGACAGGUGGGCAUAGAGGGGCAGCUAGUAAUACCGAAUAUAAAUAUUCAGCAGGACACCAAGUGUAAUAGACAACAUCGAACAUGGAUGGCCCAAAUCUGACUCGGACGACUGGAAAAGACGAAUAUUUAAUAAAAAAUACACUAUUAGAUAAUGAGCUACCUGUUUGCUACGGCUACAAACUUUCUACGAACGGCCUGCUAACUGGAAAGCUUAAUCUUUAAAUAUGAAGCAAAUGAAUCUAUGAAGGGACAAAACUGCGCGGCAUCUAACACGAUGUCCUACACGUUUGUUUUUGCCUGCCUUAGAUAGUGGCUGCUAAUCAUUGGAAGUUAGUUAGACAAACAUAGAUAUACGUGUACGCGUUCCGCGUCAAUUUUGUACUGUAACUAAAACAGUAUCGAUAAGGAGACGGCUCCGAAUACUUUGUUGGGUUGCCAGUUGAAUAUAAUAUGAAAUGGGAUAAAAGGAGGCAAUGCUGGCGACAGAUUUGUUCUGAAUCUCUGCCCAUACCUAACUAAACUGUUUUUAACUUUAAUCCCUUAAUAACUUGAUUGACUAUUGCCCUUUCUGUCACAAUAACAUGCAAUGCAUGUUACAGAAUAAAGACAGAUUUUGCAAUCUGUUAUGUUGCCAUUUAUACUACAGACGGUCCGAAUCUACGUGAAGCCCGUUGCAAGUUCGGUAGCUACAGCAAAAUUGCCGUACAGGCAAUUUUUCACAAGCGGCACCAUCCAAUCCACGGCGGCACCAAUUACCAUCGUAUCUAUUCUAAUUGUUAGCAUAUAGGCUAUAAUGUUAGGAUGUUGCAAGUUCAGGCUAAGCGGUAUGUGUGUUUCAUUAAACUAAUACUAUCUACCUUCACGGUGUCGGGGGCAAAUAACGAGAACAAAAAGAGUCGAGUGAAUAUUUGACGCCAGGUUGAUUACUACUACAAGAAGACAAAGGGGUAUUUUCUUAAAUGUGUACGUACAUUUUUACUACGUCACGACCGUGAGCUUAUGCUAAAUCAAAGGUAUUCAAUUAGUAUCGCGAAACGAUAUCGAGUUUUUCUAGCCAACGGUUACGGUAGCCAUCAGAUAAUAAACCAGUGCAAUAAAUCUAAACUAUGCAAAUGCGCUUAUAAAUACGCUAGCGAAAAAGUAUACGUACGGACGUAGAUCAUUACGAUGUUCUGUGUCGUGGAUGAAAGACACACUGUGAAUAGAAAAAGCGCGCGCUAGUAUUAUGAGUGGAAAGUCAAUGUUUAGUUAUUAUUCCAUCGUAUACUUAAUACAGCAAUACGAGGGAACGGAAUAAUUUAUAAUUUCGUCAAUGGAACGCUGCUAUCAAAAUGCUAUAGGUAAACGCGCUACAAUUCAACCGUUGAUACUUAACGAUUUGAUCAAUGAAUACUUGAUAUUAACAUGUGAAUGUAAUAUGUAGGUGUAUUAUUUAUAGCUUACGAAGUAAAUGUAAUAUAAUUUAAUAUAAGCCACGCAUGAGACUACGUCAAAACAAAAAUCAAUGAAACCCAUAUCAAACGAAGUAUUUUUAUUGGCUAAAAAAAAUUGUCGCCUACUAUUACAUACACAUACACAGUGUAAUGUUGAAUAUUGGUAUGAAAUUCGCUCAGGCUAUCUGAUAUCUAUCAGGUGAUCCGAUGUAGCUGUAGGAUAUCUAAGAGAAGACCGAAUCUCUGCUCGUUUGCUGAGGUUCUUCACUUUUAUCUGAGGUGACACUCGAAUCCUACCUUGUAUAAAGUAAGAGAAUUCGAUGUUGCAUUUACAACAGCUUCAUUGUAUUAUAGUAGCGGGUAACGGAUAUUCACUAGUAUACCUGCAGGUAAACUUGUAGUUUCCACGAGGACAUUGCAUAAACGGGGCGCUUGCGAGUCAGAUACUAUCGAUUCAACUUCGGCUUCUAAAUUGCCCAAGCUAAAAUCGAAGUAUUCAUUGAUAGAUUGCUUAUUUUAUAUGUAAUAUAACGGACGAAAGCUUGGUAACGCGACCCCAUUCUCAAGUCAAAAGGAUUUUUUUAACAGACCGUUUAGUAGAAAAUGACUCCGCACAAUGUGAUCGAUAGCGCUGGAUACGUUGACGAGGAUUGAUUUAUCCUGAGCUAAACUUCGAGGAACUGGGCUUCUUCGAACCCGCUUCGUAGAAGAAGUUGGCUUGCUUUAAAUUGACUCUACAAACUCCGAUCCCUAGAAACAAAUUUCCUGCCGUAAGCACAGCUUUGCACCUCUCCUUUAUUCAGGUAUUUACGAACCGCUUGAAUUUGUCAGUGCAACAGUCGAAUGAUAUCCUAACACAAAACACUAUAAUAGUUUGUGUGCUUUAAAAUGGCUAGACUUUUCGUAGGAAAAACUUCAA